UUCUCCCAACCCAAAUCUAUCACCAUUUUCACUGUAAAUCAUUUUCCGGCAGCCCUAACACUUUUCCGGUGAUCAUCGAAAGAACUGUCAAAAGUGCAAUGGAGACUCCAUCUUCAUCAUCAAGAACAAUCACAAGAUCACAAGCGUUGGGGAAAAGUGAAGAAUCUGAGAAGGUUGUUUUGAAAUCAAGAUCAGCUAUGAUUGAUAUAACAAAUGAUUCACCAAUUGUCGGGCUUGCGAUUGGUAGUUUGAAAACACCAUCAUCGAUAUUUUCUAAAAAAAGAGCGUUUAUUCAAAACAGCGAACUGAUCAAACAACCCAAUACUCCUGGGUCUGGUGAGGCUUUGUUGAGAGGUCAAGUGAAGACCCUUUUACAAAAAGUCGAAGAAGAAGCUGUUUUUUCAAAGAUUUCAUUCGAACCCAGAAAUUUGAUUCGUGAAGAAGAAGGUUUUGUGAAUUCCCCAAUCUAUCUUAUUGCUCCCACACCUGCAAAUACACCUCAAGUUUCUGAAUUCUGUGAGAAUAAUAACGGCAUUGUAUCUCCCAUUGUUGCAGAAAGCAAUAGUUUUUCACAGAUUCUUGGCCAACAAGAAGAAAAUGAUGAAACUUUGGAAACGAAUUUGAUAUCAAAGUUGUUUACGGAUUUCCCAGAAAAAUUAGAGGAUUGUGAUUCAUCUGUGGACAAUGAAGAUGAUGCAUCGGUUUGGUCAGUUCAAGUGAAUGUGAGCACAAGUGAUGAUGAAUUGGAAGAAAAUCACGAGGAUGAGCUUUAUGAAGUGUUGAGCAAGAUUCGUGUGGAUGAUGUUGGUGUUAGGUUUACUGGAAAACACCAAAGAUUUGUUUAUGAUGGUGAUAGUGAGCUCGGAGGGGAAGAAGUUGUUUGAAUUUGUGUUAUGUUGAAAGCGGAAAUAUUGGGUUUCCCAAGUGAUGGAUAUUAUGUUGAUGAUAAUUUGAAAUUGUUUGCAAU